UCCGCAGGUCUUCUACUCUUCUUACUGAGAAGAAAUGGAGAUUCCAGUAUUCACUGUGGAUGCAUUUACCAACUUGCCAUUCAAAGGAAAUCCAGCAGCAGUUUGUCUACUUUCACAGGAAUUGCAAGAUGAUGUGUACCAGAAAAUUGCUGCUGAAAUGAACUUAUCAGAGACUGCCUUCAUCAUAAAGUUAAAUUCAAAUGAAGACUUCAGCUCAGGAGAACGCUUUCGCUUGCGGUGGUUCAGCCCAACCACUGAGGUUCGUCUGUGCGGCCACGCUACCCUGGCCUCAGCCGCGGUGUUGUUUUACAAAAAAAACAACGUCAACCCAACAAUCGUUUUUAAGACGUUAAGUGGAGAGCUGGCUGUACAACGGCGGGGGGAAUCAAUAGUGAUGGAUUUCCCCCUGAACAAACCUUCUCCCGUGGGUCUCAGUGAAUUUAAAGACAUAGUCAAGGUGGCUGUAGGAGAUCAGCCAGUUCAAGACAUCUGCCUUUGUGGAACCACCAAAAAGCUAAUGGUGCGCCUUGCAGACAAGUGUGACAGGUCAGUGCUGACGUCCUUGAAGCCAGACACAGCAGCUCUGCUCCGUGUGGACAAUUCCCAGGGGAUUAAGGGUCUAAUUGUCACCAUGAUCGGUGACCCUGGCAGUCAGCCCGGCUAUGACUUCUACUCCAGGAACUUCUCUCCCUGGUACGGGAUCCCAGAGGACCCUGUGACCGGCUCCUCACAUACGGUCCUUGCAGGCUACUGGUCAGAGAAACUGGGCAAGAAAGAACUGCUGGCCUAUCAGUGCUCCAGCCGCGGCGGGGAGUUAGAGCUGAAACUACGGGAAGAUGGCCGUCUGAACAUCGCCGGCAAGGCUGUGAUCAUCCUGCAGGGAACACUCGCGGUGUAGAAAGGCUAGUCGGUACACCGACACCUAGCCGUAUACAGAACAGCAUACGGUUCAUGUAAAAUGUAAACCUGUAAUUCCGAGAAUACAUUCCAGUUGAGAUUAUUCCAUUGUAUGAAGCUAGCAUUUAGUAUACCAGAUUAAGCCUGGUCUUUAAAAAAAUAAAAAUAAACUCAAUGGAGCUUUCCCUGUCUGUGAAAACAGCCCCAUAUGUUUGGUUAGCAAGGCUACAUUUUAAAUCGUCAUACUCCCAACAUUUUGAAUUUGAUACCCAAGUUUAAAAUAACAGCAACUGUGCAGAAUGUCGUUAAUUUGUUUUUUGCCGUCUCAGACUGGUUGUCUUUACGAACAAGGUAUAGGGGCCCAGAUGUAGGACUACAGAGGACAUCAGUAUUGGUGCAAACCCAUACUGCAUGCCCUUAAAUGAUUCAGGGUUCCUUCUGUACACUACACAGGUGUCAUUCUGUAUGGUUCCCACAUACUUAACCUAAAAUACAGAAAAACCUGGGAGUAUAGAGACAAAUUUAGAAUGGUAGCUUUGCUGUGCAAACACAAUCUGGGAUUAUACUGGGAAACGAGAAACUUAAUACGUCAAAGUAUUUAUUCACAUAGAAAUUGUCAUCUUAAUUAUAAAAUUUUUUAAAAGUUCUUCAAGACCGAAUAAAAAUAGGCAUGAGUGAUUACCAAUCUAAAUCUUGAGUUCGUACAUGUGUUUUGGUGCAGACAGGAGAAUACUUCUCCACAGUCUUAAAUCAAUGUGAACAGUCACAGCAUAUAUUUGCUGGUGUCUUUGAGUUUGGAAUGCUUAUUCUGCUGUAAUAAAAAGCCUUAAGAAAAUAAAACAUA